AUGGUCAGAGUUCCUCUCAGAAACCUAGAGGAAAAUGGUAUGAUCACAAAAGAAACCUUCCUGGGGAAAUCGAAAUGCUUCUUUGACACUGCAGUGAAAUACCUGGAUGCAUGGGGUAAGGAUACUGACGAUCUCCAAGACCUGAGCUGUCUUCUCCUGAGAAAACGGCCUCAGCGGUUGGAAAUUGAGAAGGCAGUAGAAACUCUUAGAAGGAAAUGCCCCAAUGUUACAAUUGAUGAAGACAUUCUUUUUGAUGAGGUGUCUGGUCUGCAGGAGUUCCUUCAGGGUGGAAUACUGGAGGAAUGGAAAAGAGAGGAUACACCACUCAAUCAGAGAUGGCACUCAGUUAGUGAUGAAGCUUAUUUUCACUGCUAUUUUAAUGUCUAUACAAAUUUUUCAUAUAACGACGAUUUAGGAAAGGUUUUGUUACAGAAUGACAUAAAUCAAAAUGGAUUUAUGAACUUCACGAAUUUGGCACGAACAACACCUGGUCUUCACAGUAUGCUGGCUAUUGGUGGUUGGGGUGAAGGCGGCAAGAAAUAUUCCGAAAUGGCUGGUGUACCUGCAAGGAGGGCCUCCCUCAUAAAGAGUAUUGUAGCAUUCAUGAAUACUUAUGGUUUUGACGGAUUCGAUCUCGAUUGGGAGUAUCCGGGAGCAGCGGAUCGAGGAGGCACUUUUAAGGACAAGGAUACUUUCAGGGAUUUCGUAAGAGAACUGCGGGAGGCUUUCGAUAACGAGAAGAAAAACUGGGAGAUCACAAUGGCAGUACCUGUAGCGAAGUUUCGGCUACAAGAAGGUUAUCAUGUGCAGGAACUGUGUUAUCUUAUGGAUGCUGUUCAUGUUAUGACCUACGACCUGCGAGGGAACUGGGCAGGCUUCGCAGAUGUCCACUCACCUCUCUACAAGCGGCCAUUCGACCAAUGGGCCUAUGAAACGCUUAACGUGAAUGACGGUUUGCAGCUAUGGGUCAACCUGGGAUGUCCAAAGGAUAAGCUGAUCGUUGGUGUUCCAUUUUACGGGAGAACGUACACACUUGGGAGCCCCAACACAAAUAGCCUGAGGGCGCCGGUUAAGAAAUGGGAAGGCGGCGGGUUGCCCGGGAAGUACACUGGAGCCAAGGGCUUCCUUGCCUACUAUGAGAUUUGUGAAAUGAUGCAAAACGAUAAGGCUUGGGCUGAUAAGUGGGACGACAUAGGGAAAUGUCCCUACACCCACAAAGGUAACCAGUGGGUAGGCUACGAGAAUGCAAAGAGCCUGCAGAUCAAGAUGGACUUCAUCAAAGCAAAUGGCUACGGUGGGGCCAUGGUUUGGGCCAUCGACAUGGAUGACUUUCAUGGAACAUGUGGACCCACUAACCCGUUGAUAACAAUUCUUUACAAUAGCAUGAACAAUUACAAAGUGCCCGUUCCACCGAUCACCACUACGACCCCAAGAUCGACCUAUUGGAAACCAUGGACACCGUCUUCUACUACUCCCCUCUCCACUAAAAUUCCUACCAUUUCAGCCACCCCUUCCACACCCAUCAUACAAACUGAUGUUUCUGUUGGUCCAACGGAUAUAGUAAAUGUUCCUUCUAAGCCCCCAAAGACUCAGUCACCAUCUAUUAAUUAUCCCACAGCCCAAACGCCUACUAAGGAUUGCAGCACAGGUGAAGAGUUCUUGCCUCAUAGAGACUGCAGGAAGUAUUACCACUGCAACCAUGGGGAACCUAUGGAACGUGAAUGCAUGUCUGGGACAAUGUGGGAUCAAAGCCAAAAGACCUGCAUCUGGCUGAACGUUCGUUCAUGCCUAUGAAAAGACUGCACCAUAAGUAGAGCCUGUUUUGGCUUUACAUAUUGUCGAGGUUAUAGGUCGAAUUUUUAUUUAUGAUUUAUUGAAAUAUUACUGUCCUCUUUAAGGUCUUCUAUUACCAAAUAACUUAAUAUACUGAUCGAAAACCACCAUUUUCUAACUGUUUAUUAAAAUGUGCAGGUUGUAGAUGAUCGCUACUUUUCACAGCACACCUUCAGUAAAUUUGUUGCUGGUGACGUAAUGAAUAAAACAAUACAGUUGUAAA